CUCACUUCAGCGCAACAAGCCGCCAACCGUCAGGGUCACUGGAAAGGCAAAACGCAACACACGCAACACGCCAGUGCACGCUCAACACAACCUUGGACCUGCAACUUCACCCGUCGAACACUCACCAGAUCCCAACAGCACCGAACGAAACGAACGACCGCAACCACCAAACCUCUACCACGAAACCUCGAACCUCGAACCCCGAAUCUCCAUCCCCCCAACCGCCCAAAAUGCAAGGCUUCAACAUGGGCCGGUACAUCCCGCCCGACGCGGCGGGCACCACCACCUCAGGCAACCGGCUGCACGGCAAGAAGCACGCGCUCGGCGCGCGCGCCGCCAAGCUCGCAUCCCAAGGCAUCCUGAUCGUGCGCUUCGAGAUGCCGUUCGCGGUGUGGUGCGGGCACUGCACCCAGCCGACGCUCGUCGGGCAGGGGGUGCGGUUCAACGCCGAGAAGCGGCGGGCGGGCAGCUACCACAGCACGCCGGUGUGGGCGUUCCGGCUGCGGCAUUCCGUGUGUGGUGGGGAGAUCGAGAUGCGCACGGAUCCGCAGCACGGGGACUUUGUGGUCGUGUCCGGGGCGCGCAGGCGCGACUAUGGGGACCGGGCGCGUGAUGGUGGUGGUGGUGGUGGUGGGGAUGGUGAGAGUCUGGUGGCGAGCGGGUUCGCGAUUGCUACGCAGCGCGAGCGUGCUGAGGAGAGGGAGACGGCGUUUGGGAAGCUGGAGAAGACGAUUAAGGACCGGGAACAGGUGGCCGGUGCGGAGCAGAGGAUUGAUGAGUUGCAGGAUGCGGCGGAGCGGCAGUGGGAGGAUCCGUAUUCGUUGAAUCGGAAGUUGAGGAAAGCGUUUCGCGCUGGGAGACAUACCAGGGAGAAAGAAACAGCUAAGGCUGAGGAGUUGAAGGAGCGGAUGGGGUUGGGGAUCGAGUUGCUGCCGGAGAGAGAGGAGGAUGCGAAGCGGGCGAAACUGGUCGACUUCGGAGGGCUGGAUAUCGAGGGGCACGACGGGGUGGACAAGGCGCUAGCGAAGCCGUUGUUCGAUAGCGGACCAAGUCGGAAGGGGAAGAAAGAUGACGAAAAAGCAUCGAAAAGCGUGCCUGGAAAACUCAAAUCAGAGAUCGCCGCAGAUCGAAUGCGGGAGCAGCUCGUGUCGGAAGUCGUCAGCAACACCCGAGCCGCAAAAGAUCCAUUCCUUGAUUUCGGUAGCAGGGAGAGCACGCCCAAGGGACCCGCUCGAUUUCCCGGGCUCAAGAGAAAAAGGCCGGCGGCGGAAGAGGCACCAGUCCGCCCAGAGCCGGCGACAAACGAGGAGGAUACACCAAAGGAGGUAGUUGGCAUCACCGGUUUGGUGAACUACGACUCGGAAUCGGACUAAUCCGCCAUUUUCCGAUUCCUGGCUUAUGGAUUUAUGAUUACGGCGCAUAUGGUUUAAAGCGAGGUUAUGAUACCCUAGGUUGCUUUUGGAUUAGGAACGAACACCCCUUAAUAGAGCAGUAUAAUGAAAGCAUUGGAUUUCGGA